UAAGCGCAGCGAUUUUUCCUUCUCCCGCCAAUGCAUAAAAAAUCAAAAUCCAACAAAACUUGCCAAAUCCCCCCUUCUCCGACCUACAGUCUGUUUUCCCUCGACAACUUUCGCGAUCUUUCAUCCAUUUCCCACCAAUAAAGCAAAAAAUCUCACUCUGUCUCUUCGAUUUCUUUCCAUCAUCCUCCUUCCCCUCUCUUCCGAAUUGUUUCCCCCAAUUUUUUUUUCUCAGAUUCGCUCCGGUUCGAUGCCAGAAGCAAAUAUUGAUUCACUCUACGACCAUCCUUCCGGAACUUUUCUCGGCGUCCGCUUUGUUCUCCUCGGUUUCGAUGCUCCCAACGAACAGAAGGUUCGAACUAAGCUCGUCAAUGGCGGCGGAGUUGAUGUUGGUCAGUACAGCCAAGAUUGUACUCAUGUGAUUGUGGAUAAGCUUGUUUAUGAUGAUUCUGUUUGUGUUGCUGCUAGGAGGGACGGCAAGUCGCUUGUCACAGGUUUAUGGGUCGAUCAUAGUUUUGAUAUUGGCAUGCCUGUUGAUGCGAACUCGAUUAUGUACAGGCCUCUGAAAGAUCUGAAUGGAAUUCCGGGUGCCAAAUCCCUAGUUGUUUGCCUAACUGGAUACCAACGGCAGGAUCGUGAUGACAUUAUGACAAUGGUUGGCCUCAUGGGUGCACAGUUUUCCAAGCCUUUGGUGGCAAACAAAGUUACUCAUCUGAUAUGCUACAAAUUUGAGGGGGAGAAGUAUGAACUUGCCAAGAAAAUGAAGAAGAUAAAGCUUGUCAAUCAUCGGUGGCUGGAAGAUUGUUUAAGGGCUUGGGAGAUCCUUUCAGAAUCUAAUUAUAACAAGAGUGGUUAUGAGAUGGAGGCAAUGGAAGCUGAAGCUAAAGAUUCUGAAGAGGAGGCUGAAGACUCUGUUGCUAAGCAAUUUACAGGAAGAAAUGUGAAUGCGAGUCCACCCAAUUUGCAGGCGGAAAUGUCACGAGCCCCUGAACUGCCAUUGACAGUUGGAAAAGUGUCAAAGAUGUUGCCAGAUAUAACUGCAGCCAAAGGUUCACCAAAUAUUAGGAGUGGUGGGAAUAUUUUAUUAACUGCAAGAAAUGAAGGCACAUCCAAUCAAGCCUUGCCCUUGCAUAAUGUUAACCAGAAGCAUCCUGAAGUGCUUGGCUUCCAGGAAAAUGUUGCUGCUCUUGGUAAUGCUGUUUGCGGCGAGAAAUCUGAAAUAUAUGAAAGAACUCCCCUUUCUAAUGCAAUAGGAAAUGACUUGGCAUCUACAUCUAGAAGUGCUGAAAGGAGCCUUCAUUCUGGCACAGCGAAGCUUGGUUCUCGAAGUUACUCGAGGAAAGGCCCUGUGAAAUCCACACUUCAAACGUACGCAGGAGAAUUAUUAAGCAAUGCAAAUCACUCUUCUAAAGAAUACUUGGACGAAUAUAAAGUCAGAGAGGAUCAAAACAACUUUGGUUGUGUGCAAAGUCUUUCAAAACAAACUGAUUUAUCUCACAAAGAAGAGUUAAGUAGUGUAUUGCCUCAGAAGAGAAAAACUGAUGUUUCUUGUCCAAGCUCUAAGUCACCAAAAAUGUGUCAGGACUCCAAACCAGGCAUCAUGGGUAGCCCAUUAGUUGGUGACAGAAUGCAAGGAUCAGAAACUGCAUCUUUAGUAAAUGGUCUGCUUGGGGCGAAUAACCAUAUUUCUGAUGACAAUGCUGGCCAUCCAAUGGAUACAUCUACUACAAAUUCUGCACUGAAAUCACCUGCCAAGAUUUCAACUAUGAAGUGUUCUGGUCUUGGCGAUAGUUUAUUGGCAAACUAUCCCCCUAACUCCAAAGCAAUGGCAUCAGAUAUUGCUCAAGAUGGAAAUGCUGAGGCAAAAGCUCCUCAGACAUAUUCUGGGAGAUUAGAGAGACUCAUGUCAGUCGGCAAUACAAGGAAUCAACAGAAUCAGCAGCAAGGCGUUGAAGUCUCGUCUCCCAAUGUUAAAGAACCAAUGAUCGAGAAGUCCCAAGAUUGCACUAAUUUGGAUGUACUUGAAGGAGACAAUAUUAACUCCAUUCCUAAAUCAUCUAAAAGCAAGAUAGUGGCCAAAAAGAGUUUGGGUUCUAGAUCCAAGUUAAGCACAAGCAAUUCUGCAACUAAAAAAGGUUCUAUUUACUCUAGAAGGGCUACCUCCCAAAAUGAUUCUGCUGUUAGUUUGAAUGGUGGGAAAAAGACAGCAGGCUGUGAGAAAUCCUGUGCUUCUGUUAAGUUUCAGAUGGUCCCUUCCACUGUUAACGUAAAAAAGGUAAUACCAAUGGAGGCAAAAACAAUUCAAGCUGAGGGAAUUGAUAUGGAGGCUAAAAUUGAUUCCAUGGAUGAAGAAACUGAAGCUCCAGAGGACAAAGAUGAAUAUGAAUUUGAGAAGGCAGUUAAUGAGAAGUCUGAGACUGUUGAACUGACACACAAUGCAGAUAUAGUUAUGGAAGAGAAUUUAGAAGGAAUGCAUAUAUCUAAUAAAGCCAAGGCUAAUAGCACAGCUACUUGUCUUGAUACAGUGGCCUCAAAGGUGGGAAAGAAUCAAAUGGAGCCUGAAAGUGCGGGUGUUGGCAAGAAAGCUGAUGAUCAAUCAACCAUGAAAGCAGAUAAUGCUUUGAAAGGGAAGAUAUCUAAAGGGAAAAAGCGACCUUUAGGAAAAAUGGCAGUAAAAAAUGUUCCUUCUGUAACAGGAAUAAUGGAGUCCAAAGAAAAAGCAGAUGGGGAGGGGAUCGAUAGGAAUGAAGAGAAGGCUGAGCCAGGUGGCACUUUGGACAACCCUGUGCUAGUUAAUAAAGUGGAUAACUCUGUGGAAGUGGAAAAGGAGAACAAGCCAAUUGUUGAAGGUCAAAAUAGGAGUCAGGGUAAACAGCAUGUUGGGAAAAUGGCUGUUAGUAAAAAAAAGACUAUGAAGACUGAUCAGAAUGCUGAUAAGGUGGAUAUUGAUUCAGGACAUGUGGGAGUGGUUGCAAAUAGAGUGAAAAUGGAACCUGUUUGGUUUAUAUUGAGUGGACAUAAACUACAGAGAAAGGAGUUUCAGCAAGUUAUUAGGCGUUUGAAAGGAAGAAUUUGCAGAGAUUCUCACCACUGGUCAUAUCAGGCAACACACUUCAUUGUUCCGGAUCCAAUUCGUAGGACGGAAAAAUUUUUUGCUGCUGCAGCAUCUGGAAGGUGGAUUCUUAAGACAGACUAUCUGACUGCUAGCAGUCAGGAAGGAAAAUUCUUGCCGGAGGAGCCUUAUGAAUGGUACAAGAAUGGCCUCAGUGAAGAUGGUGCCAUUAAUUUGGAGGCUCCAAGAAAGUGGCGCCAUGUAAGGGAGAAAACAGGUCAUGGGGCCUUCUAUGGAUUGCGCAUUAUCAUAUAUGGAGAAUGCAUUGCACCCCCUUUGGAUACCCUGAAGCGUGUUGUGAAGGCUGGAGAUGGGAUCAUACUGGCAACUUCCCCCCCUUACUCACGGUUCCUAAACUCUGGGGUAGACUUCGCCCUUGUUAGCCCGACCAUGCCGCGGGUUGAUUUGUGGGUGCAAGAGUUCCUAAGGCAUGAGAUACCUUGUGUUGUGGCUGAUUACUUAGUAGAGUACGUAUGCAAGCCUGGUUACUCUUUAGAAAGACAUGUACUAUAUAACACUAAUGCUUGGGCGGAGAAAUCAUUUGCCCGCAUGUUGAGUCGGUCAGAAGAGAUCGUGGAAGACCCGACGCCACCAGAUGAUUCUGGCAGUAAUGAUCUUACCUGUGAAGUAUGUGGGUCUUGUGAAAGGGGUGAUGUGAUGCUGAUUUGUGGUGAUGAAAGUGGAUCGGUUGGGUGUGGGGUUGGUACUCAUAUUGAUUGCUGUGAUCCUCCUCUUGAAGCUGUCCCUGAUGAGGACUGGUUUUGUCCAAAAUGUAUCAAAAGCAGAAACAGCAAGAGCUCUCCCAAGGCCAAGGCUAAGGCUAAGGCUAGUAAAAAAGGAAAUUCCUCGAGGAAGAGCAAGUGAUUUUGCUCUUUCAUUUUUGUUUUCUUUCCUGUAGGCAACAAGUGGGUUUGCUCCCAUGUUGUAAAAUUUUCAGAUUUAAUAAUGUACAUGUUUAUAUAUUAACUUGAUUACUUUUCCAGAUUCCCUAGAAGUAAAUUAGAUAUUAAGCUCCUUGGCAAAGCUAACGAGCAUUUUGCUAGAAGCCCAUCCUUCAUGCUUGGCAAGGUGUUCUAUCUGUAUUCUUGUGGAACUAAAUUGCAGCUCAAGUUGUGGGAUUGUGUUACUGAAUCAAGAAUGGCCAGAGUCCAGAGAGGAACCUUACAAAAUGUUCAUUUCUGUACCUUUGUUUGGAUUUGUUCUGCGGAAUUCAAGUGUGUAUUCUCCUUAACAUAGUAAAGUGUAAAUUUCUUAUGGCACAUUUAACAGUUAACCACAAGCUUUGUUCCUGUUCUCGAA